UCUGGCCUCUCAUGUUCUGGUUAAGCCUUCGUUUCUGUGACUAUGGAUGGGUUUCCAUGGCAUUGGCAACUAACAUCGUUACAGGUUUUCAUUGAAAAUUUAAGUCUUGGGGGAAACUAGGUAGUGGACAAUCAAAAGUACUAAGAUGUUUCUACCAUUCUUGAGACAUUUAUAGCCUCCUUAAAUUGGAGGUGGGAUAUUUUAAACCAAAGCAAUUAUAUUGGUGCUACAAAGCACACCUGUUCACAGUCAAGGACUCUCCGAAGCUAUUAAACAUACAAGCAUGACUAGAGAGCGCAGUGGACUGGCAAGUCCACACAGUGGGACUGCCCUUCACACAGGCAGGAGGACACAGCUGUCACUGCUGUUGGCUUUUAUUUUGCAUAUAUCAGGUUGAGAUUAAUAAGGCAAAAAGGAUGUGUCUCUAGCCCCUACUUUCUGUUCCAAAUGGGAGGAAAUCACUAUUGAACAAAUAAACAGUGGGGAAAUGUAGCCUCAGAAAGGGUCCAAAGCUGUGUUCUCUUUGAAUAUUAGCUGAGGCCUCCAGGGGGCAGCACCAAGGCAGAGACUGGACUAAGAUCCCUCUGUCCUAGGACUGGGGCUCCCCACAGUUCCCCACCACCACCCCUCCCAUUCCGUCCAACUUUAUUUUUAGCUGCCAGUGGGAGGGGGCAGGAUAGGAGGGAAAGUAAAGAAAGCAGCAAAGGAGAGGGACAGAGAGGCACAGAGGACUUCUUGAACCAGACAGGACCAGCAGGCAUGGUGCACCUCUCCCCUCCUCACCUGUUCUUGUCCCUGGCGUUGCUGACAGGUGAGGAAGGCAAACUUUUUGGUUUCUGGUGGGAAUGGAAGAUAUGUGAAUUGUUUAGAAUUGGGACCAUUACGGUUAAAAUUACUUGGGCGUUUGGGUCAGAGGUUAAUAUUGAUACCAUAUUUUGCAUGUGAACUCAUAUUUUUAGACUCCCAAAUGGCAGGGGUUGAAGCUGCCUAAGGCUUGAGUAAGAUUUGUACCUAGUUAUCUAACACCUUUGCCCUAAACUCCAUAGAAAUGAGGAUGCAGAAUAGAACCACGUUUCUCCACUUCCAUGCAGCUAGCCUGAUCCCUACGAUUACCCUCCCGGCCUCUCCCUACCAUCGGUACUCCCUGGUGCCGAGGCAUAAUUGCCUUACUAUGUGGUCAGAACUCCGGGUUCAUCUAAUGAGUUUCUGGUCUUACAACCCUGUUUCCCGGAUGCAAAAAGGCUCUCAUACAGAAUACCUUCUGAAAGCGAGCUCGGUUUGAAUCAAAAGUUACAGAUGCUGGAGGGUGGGCGUAGGGUGAGAGAGGGCUGCUUGAACGUAAGGAGCAAGACAGUGGGAGAGAGAAGCACGGGAGGGACACGAGGCUUGGAAUUUUUCUCUGCAAAUACCCUAUAAUCUUUGUUUCCUAAAAUACCCGCUCUGAUUUUAUGGGAAUUGGGGUCAGAAGAAAGCGAUCGGCAGGGACACAAUUGGGGACCUUCAGAGUGAGCUAAAGUUUGAGGGAAUUGUGGGAGUGGGCAAGGGGUAGUUGGGAGGUGGAGGAGAUAAGCAACAGAUUAUGGGGGAGUUUUUUCUGGGGGGGAUAGGACACUUAACAAGGAUGGAUGGCAAACUGUGUGUGGGCAGGCUGGUGGUUCCACCCAGUUAAUUAGCACUGAGGUUUGCAGGGCUGGAAGCCACCAGCGUCCUAGACCCUGGAGAAAAUGCAAGUGUGACAAUGUCAAGGCAUGGAAAGAGGAGACACCAGACAGGGAGCUCCUCGCCCUCCCCUUCUCCCCAUGGCCCGGGAUUGGGAAGAACUUGAAGGGGUGGUUCUUUGGACUCUGGUGGCAUAGGAGGGUGUGUAGGAGGGAUGAUGUGGAGAGUAACCCGACCUUUCCAGACGUGUCUGUGAAUGAGAUUUCAGGAGUGGGAACGGAAGUGCAGCUGUGCUUCAGCAUGGCCAAGGGCCUCAGAAACCCCCACGCAAGGAGAGUCGCCCCAUCACCCCACCUGGGGCUUUAGUACAUGACAUCGACAGAGGCCAGGGGAGCUUUAAGCAAUCAGGCAACCGCACUGAGCUGGAGAUGCACCCUCCUGUCUUGGGCAUCGCUGUGCCUCUCGGGUCCUUCAACUGACCAGUUGGUGCUAAUUCUAAUCCCGGCCUCCCAGGUCUCUGCUCCCCUUUUAAUCUGGAUGAGCGCCACCCACGCCUAUUCACAGGGCCACCAGAGGCCGAAUUUGGAUACAGCGUCUUGCAGCAUGUUGCGGGUGGACAGCGAUGGAUACUGGUGGGCGCCCCUUGGGACGGGCCUUCAGGUGACCGGCGGGGGGAUGUUUAUCGCUGCUCUAUAGGGGGAUCCUACAAUGUCCCAUGUGCCAAGGGCCACCUGGGUAAGGAGAUGCCCAACUCUUUCUUUGCUAAUCCCUGAUUCUGAUACCCAGUAGCUGAGUCCUUGUGUGUCAGCUUCUUUGCCCCCAUAACCUAUACAGACCUUGCCUUCAACUUGAUAGGGAUUCCUUUUCAUUCUCUCCCCAAAACUGCACUGAACUCGAGCACCCAGCCUUUGACCCCGACUUCAUUCUCUUCUCUACCCCUCCUCCAACCAGGAGACUAUCAACUGGGAAAUUCAUCUCAGCCAGCCAUGAAUAUGCACCUGGGCAUGUCGCUACUAGAGACAGAUGGUGAUGGGGGAUUCAUGAUGCAUGUUCUGAGGAGCCCCUCUUCGACCUGGGAAUAAUUAUCUCCCUUACCCACCUGUGCCCCAGGCCUGUGCCCCUCUCUGGUCUCGUGCUUGUGGCAGCUCUGUCUUCAGUUCUGGACUGUGUGCCCGUGUGGAUGCUUCAUUCCAGCCCCAGGGAAGCCUGGCACCCACUGCCCAACGCUGUCCAACAUACAUGGACGUCGUCAUUGUUUUGGAUGGCUCCAAUAGUAUCUAUCCCUGGUCUGAAGUUCAGACUUUCCUUCGGAGGCUGGUAGGGAGACUCUUUAUUGAUCCGGAGCAGAUACAGGUAGGACUGGUACAGUAUGGGGAGAGCCCUGUGCACGAGUGGUCCCUGGGAGAUUUCCGAACCAAGGAAGAAGUUGUGAGAGCAGCAAGGAACCUCAGCCGGCGGGAGGGGCGAGAAACAAGAACUGCCCAAGCGAUAAUGCUGGCAUGCACAGAAGGGUUCAGUCCGUCCCGAGGGGGCAGACCUGAGGCUGCAAGGCUGCUGGUGGUUGUCACCGAUGGAGAAUCCCAUGAUGGGGAGGAGCUUCCAGCCGCACUAAAGGCCUGUGAGGCUGGAAGAGUAACACGUUACGGGAUCGCGGUCCUUGGUCACUAUCUCCGGCGACAGAGAGACCCCAGCUCUUUUCUUCGGGAAAUCAGAGAUAUCGCUAGUGAUCCAGAUGAGCGAUUCUUCUUUAAUGUCACAGAUGAGGCUGCACUGACGGACAUUGUGGAUGCACUGGGAGACCGAAUAUUUGGUCUUGAAGGGUCCCGUGGGGAAAAUGAAAGCUCCUUUGGGCUAGAAAUGUCUGAGAUUGGCUUCUCCACCCACCGAUUACAGGAUGGGAUUCUCUUUGGGAUGGUGGGGGCCUAUGACUGGGGGGGCUCGGUACUAUGGCUUGAAGAAGGUCGCCGCCUUUUCCCCCCACGAACGGCCCUGGAAGAUGAGUUUCCCCCUGCCUUGCAGAACCACGCAGCCUACCUGGGUUACUCUGUUUCCUCCAUGCUUCUGCCCGGUGGCCGCCGCCUCUUCCUCUCGGGGGCCCCGAGGUUUAGACACCGAGGGAAAGUCAUCGCCUUCCAGCUAAAGAAAGAUGGGUCUCUGAGGGUCACCCAGAGCCUCCAGGGGGACCAGAUUGGCUCGUACUUUGGCAGUGAGCUCUGCCCAUUGGAUACAGACAAGGAUGGGGUAACUGAUGUCUUACUUGUGGCGGCCCCCAUGUUCCUGGGUCCCCAGAACAAAGAGACCGGACGUGUGUAUGUAUAUGUGGUGGGCCAGCAAAUUUUGCUGAUGCUCCAAGGAACCCUUCAGCCAGAACGUCCCCAGGAUUCUCGUUUUGGCUUUGCCAUGGCUGCUCUUCCCGAUCUGAACCAAGAUGGUUUCGCUGAUGUGGCUGUGGGGGCUCCCCUGGAGGAUGGGCACCGGGGAGCGCUCUACCUGUAUCACGGCACCCAGAACGGAAUCAGGCCCCAUCCUACCCAGCGGAUUGCUGCUGUAUCCAUGCCACAGGCCCUCCGCUACUUUGGCCGAAGUGUGGAUGGCCGGUUAGACCUGGACGGAGAUGAUCUUGUGGACGUUGCUGUGGGUGCCCAUGGGGCAGCCAUCCUGCUCAGCUCCCAGCCCAUCAUACACCUGCUGCCAACCCUGGAUGUGAAGCCACCGCACAUCAGUGUGGUUCAAAAGGACUGUAGGCGAAGAGGCCAGGAAGCAGCCUGCCUCACCGCAGCCCUGUGCUUCCGAGUAACCUCUCACACGGCCGGGCGUUGGAACCGCAGAUUCUACAUCCAGUUCUCGGCAUCACUGGAUGAGUGGACAGCUGGGGCGCGUGCAGCAUUUGAUGGCUCUGGCCAGCGGCUGUCGCCUCGGCAGCUCCAGCUCAGUGUAGGGAAUGUCACCUGUGAGCUGCUGCACUUCCACGUACUGGAUACAUCGGAUUACCUCCGGCCAGUCGCCUUGACUGUGACUUUUACCUUGGACAACACCACAAAGCCAGGGCCUGUGCUGGAUGAGGGAUCGUCCACCUCUGUCCGAAAGCUGGUCCCCUUCUCAAAAGACUGCGGCCCUGACAAUGAAUGUGUCACAGACCUGGUACUUCAAGCAGACAUGGACAUCAGGGGCUCCAGGAAGUCCCCAUUUGUGGUUCACGGGGACCGACAGAAACUGCUGGUGUCAGCAACCCUGGAGAACAAGAAGGAAAACGCCUACAACACUAGUCUGAGUGUCAGGUUCUCUAGAAACCUCCACCUGACCAGUCUUACUCCUCAGAGAGCCAAAUCAGUGAAGGUGGAAUGUACUGUCCCUUCCCCCCAUGCCCGGGUGUGUAUCGUGGGCCAUCCAGUCUUCCAGGCGGGGGCCAAGGUGACCUUUCUGUUAGAGUUUGAAUUUAGCUGCACCUUCCUCCUGAGCCAGGCCUUGGUGAGGCUGACUGCCAGCAGCGGUAGCCUGGAGAGAAACGAGACCCUUCAAGACAAUACGGUUCAGACCUCCGCCUACAUCCAAUACGAGCCUCACCUCCUGUUCUCUAGUGAGUCCACCCUACAUCGAUACGAGGUUCACCCUUACAGGACUCUCCCAGUGGGUCCUGGCCCUGAAUUCAAAACCACUCUUAGGGUUCAGAACCUUGGCUGUCAUGUGGUCAGUGGCCUCAUCAUCUCAGCCCUCCUUCCAGCUGUGGCCCACGGGGGCAGUUACUUCCUGUCACUGUCUCAAGUCCUCGCUAGCAAUGCAAGCUGCAUAGUACAGAAUCUGACUGAGCCUCCAGAACCCCCGGUGCACCCAGAGGAGCUGCAGCACACAAACAGACUGAAUGGGAGUAACACUCGGUGUCAGGCGGUGAGGUGCCAUCUUGGACAGCUGGCAAAGGGGACAGAGAUCUCUGUUGGACUGCUGAGGCUGAUUCACAACGAAUUCUUCCGGAGGGCCAAGUUCAAGUCUCUGACGGUGGUCAGCACCUUCAAGUUAGGAACUGAGAAGGGCAGUGUCCUACAGCUGACGGACGCUCCCUCCUGGAGUGAGAGCCUCUUGGAGGUGAUUCAGAGCCCCACCGCCCCCAUCUCCCUGUGGAUCCUCGUUGGCAGCGUCCUGGGAGGAUUGCUCCUGCUUGCUCUCCUUGUCUUCUGCCUGUGGAAGCUUGGUUUCUUUGCCCGUAAGAAAAUCCCCAAGGAAGAACCGACUGAUGAGAAGUUGGAGCAGUGACUGCAGAAGGUUCAGAAAGUCCUCCUUGGCAGCCUUUUCAAGAGACUCGUGUCAAAAAACGAGGCUUGGAGGCGCAGAGGGGGAAAGGAUGCUUCUGGAAUAUAUCUCCAGACCUGCAGCCUGACUUGACUUUUAGCCAUGGGUAUGUUGCUGGCAAGAAAUGAGGCUUUGCCUCAGACACGAAGGGCUGGCACCAAAACACAUAAUGUCCCCACCCUGUGCUUUCCUCCUGGCCCUGAUGGGGUUCCACAGUCAACAUUUGAGUCUUCCUUAGGUACCCUAUCUUCUCUCAUCACCAGGGGGUCAAAGGAUUUUUUUUCCUGACACCUUCAGAUGCCCUUUGUCCUCCCUCGCAAUUCCGAAAGGUUCUCCUCUACACACACCCCCACAUCCCCCACACCCUCUCACCUUCCUGCCUGCUCCCCACUCCACAGGAGAGAGCUGACGCUGACGUUGACUGAAAAGAAGUAAAGUCAACAUCUGCGGCUCUCCUGUGGAGUCUAGUGAUUCAUAGAGCCGGAUGGGGAGAGUCAACAGGAAAAGAGGGAGGAGAAAAAGCCACAAGAGACAUUCUGUACAAUUCCAAGGCACAGAGAAGCGUUCAGACAGGCAACCGCCAGCUCUCCUGAAACCUGAGACUUCAUGGGACGCCCGCCCUCAGGUGCUGGGGAAACCCAGCUGGCCCCCGGGGCUCUCUGGGCUUCAGCGUCCCAAUCCUCUUCUUUCUUUAGGAGCAGAGCCAGGACCUGGCCCUGAGUUUUCUGGAACCAGGGUCCCCCUGGUGACUCAAAUUGGAAUAGCAGGGAGCUCUGUGGCAGCUUUCCCCUCUUUGCGACUUCCUUAGAGAAAGCGGCUUGAUGGUGGGAAGCCCUUUUGCCACACCAGUUUUGGGAAAUAGCAGCCGCUGCGAGAUCCAAACGAAGGCGAUCUGCAUCAAGAAACCUAAGUGGUUGGCAUGAGAUCUCUGGGGAGUAAGCCCUUACUUGUCCAGCACCAGCUGGCUUUAUAGCAGAACUAUCUCCCAGGAAGAUGUUUCUGGGACUCCUGUCAUGUGUCGUGGGUUUCUCUGCCAGAGUGAGUUUUCAGCCUUAUUUGAUGUUUACUGGAAAACUCAAGUUAACUCUGAAUCCCCUCCCUCUUGUCCUAUGUUUUGGUCCAUGGGCGACUGGAAUUCUCAUAGUAACUGGGAAACUUGUUUUUUUAUUGUAAUUAAGACUUUGAACAGCAAAGUCAGUUGCGGGUCUCCAGAGUUCAGCUCUGAUGGGCUGAUACCCUCAGACGGAUAAGAGAGGAGAUCUGAUUGGGUCCCUGCCACAGAACCUGCCUUCCCAGGCUGUUCUCGAGGCCUGUCUGCAGUGUUUAUUUUGGUGUCUCUGGUCUUCCGCAGAGCCGCCCUCUGUGGGUAUUGUCAUUUCUACCACGGUGAUCAGAUGGUCAGAACAAAUACAAUCCAGUAUCAAGUGACUUCUGGUUCUGUUUGCGUUUCCUAGGAUAUAGACUGCUCAGAAACGGAAGCAUGCAAAUGUUUUCUGUGGCUCACAAUCUGCUCUGUGCCCUGCAAUUCUUGCCUACUUAGGGGACCCUAUAAAAUAUUCUAGGAAG